AUGGGAGUAGCUUCUGCAAGCAAACAGAAAGGUCCAAGGUUCGAUGAGAAUUAUAGGGUUUCAUGGGGGCAGGAUCAUGUCAAGUCCUCAAUACAGGGCAGAGAAGUUCAGAUCUCCCUCGACAAAGAUACCGGAUCAGGGAUUCAAUCAAAAUCAAGUUAUGGCUCCGGGUUCUUCCACAUGAGAAUAAAGCUACCAGGCAAUGACUCUGCAGGAGUUGUAACAACCUUCUAUGUAAGACAAGAUGUGUCCCAAGACAUUAGUGAACCGUUACAUUCGAUAUUUAACACUUUGACAUCUCACACAGGUAACCACAAUGAGUUGGACUUUGAAUUCUUGGGCAACAGACAAGGAAAGCCAUACUUGGUUCAGACCAAUGUGUUUGUGAAUGGUAAAGGAGACAGAGAGCAGAGGGUUCGUCUAUGGUUUGAUCCCACAGCAGCCUUUCAUGGCUACUCAAUCCUCUGGAACCAACAUCAAGUAGUGUUCUUUGUUGACAAAGUUCCCAUCAGGGUUUUCGAGAACAAUACAAAAACAGGACUAGACUACCUUACCCAGCCCAUGCAAGUAGAGGCAACAAUCUGGGAUGGAGACACUUGGGCAACGGACGACGGCCAGACCAAAAUCAACUGGACUCAUGCACCAUUCACAGCUCACUUCCGAAGCUUCGCCGUCGACGGAUGUUCGUCGAACUCCGGCGAUGAAUCUUGCAGUUCUUCCAAAUUCUGGUGGAACAAAGAGCAGUACUGGAGGCUGACCCAUCAUGAAGAGACAGUUUAUCAUCAUAUGAAACGUAAAUACAUGAACUACAAUUACUGCACAGAUAAAUCAAGGCAUUUGACUCCGCCUCCAGAUUCUCUCUUGGGCCAAUUGAGCAACAAAGUACCAUUGAUUGACUCUACCACUGUAGGCAUCCAUGGAUUUCUGGUGUUCUACAAUUCUCUAUCUACCUUUUCUGGAAUGAGGGAGGCGGACUGUGGGCCUGUGGCAUCAAGCAAAGUUUUCCUCAACGCUCGUGGUGGUGCUCUUGCCACCUUGGUCAAGGAUCAAGACAGGAAUCUUAUUCUUCACGGAGAGAGAGGGAUGUGCCUCGCCUCUCUGUGGCACUACCUGUCUUUUGUGUUGGUAGAAGCAUUGGCAAUUAGCAAGCAGAAUGGGCCCAGCUACGAUGAAAACUACAAGGUUGCAUUUGGAGUUCAUAACAUUUGGCCACAACAUCAAGGCAGAGAUGUUCAGCUAUCCCUCGAUCAAUCUUCUGGGUCUGGUAUUGAAUCCAAGUUGAGUUACCUCUCUGGAUUCUUCCAUUUGAGGAUAAAGCUGCCUGGCAAAGACUCUGCAGGAGUUGUAACAGCUUUCUAUAUGACUUCACCAACAAUAAAGGGCAACGAAUUGGACUUCGAGUUCUUGGGUAACAGAGAAGGGAAGCCCUACACACUCCAAUCAAAUGUCAUUAUAAAUGGAAAAGCCGGUAGAGAGCAGAGGAUGCACCUAUGGUUUGAUCCAACUUCAAGCUUCCAUACUUACAGACUUUUGUGGAACUCCCAUCAAAUAGUGUAA